UCUUUGUACAAUCAUUACAAACUAACGUCACAUUACAGUGGUACUAUGGAAGGAUUUAUGAAUGCAUUUUUAGGAAACGUAAUUUUCUACACUCCAUACUGGAACCAUGUUUUGGGAUUCUGGAAAAAGAGGGGAGAAUCGCACCUACUUUUCAACACAGUAGAAGAAAUGAAGCAGUGUCUUCAGGAAAUCAUCAAAAGAACUGCUCACUUCCUAGGCAAGAGGCUGACUGACCAAGAAGUGAACAUGCUGAUGGAACAUUUGGAGACGUUUCAGUCGCUGAGGCGGUUCACUGGGCUCCGGAUAGCUGCCAGUGGAGAGGACCCUUUGGGCACAGGAAGCGACGACGUUGACGGUCGACUGACCCCGGAAAUGUUAGCGCGUUUCGACAGAUGGAGUGAAGAGUCCCUUCAGGGUACAGGGUACACCGGGCCUGUGUAAUGUUUGACAGUAGAAUUACGGAUCGUCAAACGCCGCUUCUGUUGUUCAUACGAGAAAUGACUACGGAUAGCCAUGACGCUUUGCCAUUUCCUUUUUUUGUUACUAUAU